AACAUGGCCGACUCUCACUACGGAGGCUAUACACGCUUCGAGCUUGAACUCGAGUUCGUCCAGUGCUUGUCCAACCCUCUCUAUCUCAAUCACCUGGCAACCCAAAAGCUGUUGGAUGAUCCAGAGUUUGUUGCAUACCUUGCCUAUCUCCAGUACUUUGCGGAGCCGAAGUACAUCAAGUACUUGUCCUACCCAGGUCCCACCAUCCGAGCACUCGAGCUUCUCCAACAAGAGAGGUUCAGAAAAGACAUCCUAAUUCCCGAGACAGUUGCUAGGAUGGCAGAAGAAGGCCUUCAAGCCAGCGCUGAUGGUCUCCGCCGCGACUGA